CGCGGAGCAGCGAGCCGGGAGGAAGCGGCAGGUGAGCGGGCGUCGGGGCUUCGCGGGACUUUUAAUGCCGGGGAGGGGGCGCCGUCUCCUGCCUUCCCAGGCGACGGCAGGACCAUGCUCUCCAUAGGGGGGGAGUUUGUGGGACCCCGGAGGCAAAGUUCCGCGGGCAGCGGAGCUGCUUCUGCCUCUGCCUCAGUUUCCCCUUUGGCGAGGCCAGCCCCAAGGCCGGCUCUCGCUGGGGAGAGGCUUCGCUGGUUGGGGGGGGGGGCGCCUGGAUCUUCCCGCACAACAGCCCUGAGAGGGAGGCUAGGUUCAAGAGGGGGAGUAUCCCAAGGCGAGCUUGCCCCCCCUUCCCUGUCGAUGGGGUGGGGCAAGAAAGCUCAGGGCCCCCUGUUUGCCGACUGUUUCUGGAGGAGCCUCAGUCCGGAGAUCCGAGUAGGGCAUUGGGGGGGGGGGCGGAUCGGUCCUCAGCACCAAGGGGCCCUAUCCUGUGAGGGUCCAGAGAUCUAAUUCGAGAGGCGAUGAUGAGUAGGAAGCAGAGAGCAUGUGAAGAGAAGUCUUCUUGGGGGGGGGGGUCGUCUAAGGAUGCUCCAGGGCCGGGACCCCCGCAUGGUCCGGGAAAGGGCUGCUGCUGCUGUUGCUGCUGCUUGGUUUUGGCGCAGGGCAAGUUCCUGAGACCACCCAAGUUCUGGGUCUAGAAGGGGACCUACAGGGCAGACCCUGAGGGCGUCCCUCCUUGAGGAGACCGUGGGGUGGGGUGGGAUAGAGGAGUACCCCAGCAGGAAAGCCCCCGCUUGGCAUGCAGAAGGGUGCAGGGUCUUCCCAGCUCAGAGGACAGCAGAGCCACAAGCGACAAGUGGAGCUGUUCUGGGGCCAGGAUCUUGCAAAGCCACUCGCUAGGCCUGGAUAGGCUUCCUCAACCUGGGACCAUCUAGAUCAUAGAAUUGUAGAGUUGGAAGCAACCCUGAGAAUUAUCUAAGUCCGACCCCCUUGCAAUGGAAGAAUAUGCAGCUGUCCCAUAUGGGAAUCGAACCUGUAACCUUGGCAUUGUCAGCACCACUCUCUAACCAACUGAGCUGUCCGGGCUGAUCUGUUUUACUAGCCUUCACAACAUAUGGAGGCACCAUUUUGAUGUGUAGCCAGUACUGAUUUAUAUGGGCAUCAUGGGCUUGGCCAGGGGAAAGGCAGGGAGGGGCAGCUGACACCCCCCCCCCAUAAUCAAUAAAAAUGCAUAGCAAACUGAGCUUCUGCCCCACCUAACAAAAGGUCUGCCCCCCCUAAAUCCUGGCUACACCCAUGGCAGCUUCUUCUGCUUCCAGCACCAAGAAGCAGCAGCUGCACAAAGGUCCCCAUUUCAGGGUCUGAUCCUGGGUUGCUCAAAGUUUAGGAGCCUUCCUAGCUCAGUGACCGAGCAUACAGAGGGUCUCAGGGUUCAGUCACCUGCGGCAUCUCCACGUAGGGCUGGGAUAGGCUCCCUGCCGGAGAGCUGCUGCCAGUCAGUGUAGGUAACAGUGAGAUACGCAGAGCAAAGGUAGGAGGUGCCUUCCUGCGUUCCAUUGUCCAGCACAUUGCUGCUUGAGUGUGGCAAGCCUCAAUGCCAUUGCUCUCCAUCUGUGAAAUGGGCCCAUUUGGGGACAAACCUGGCAGGGGGGUUGUGAGGGUGAAGCUUUGCAGAGGUUGCUGAAGUCCCAUGCAUCAUGCUCAUCAUGGAGACAUCCAUGGAUCCUUUAAGGGAGGAGGGAGUCCAGGUGGUACAUUGCACUGAAUUCAUUACUCAGAUUGAAGCAUAAAGUGCCUGGGGUUCUAGUCUAGGGGAUUCUAGGCAGUUACCUUCCAGUAGACACCCCCCUUUCUUCAUGGGUCUUCCUCAUCAUCCUUCCAAUUUCCUUGCAGAAAACGGAUCCUCCCUCUGCACAGUGCUUAGCAAGCUAAAGGAGACCUGAUACUCAUCCAGCAGCCCACUCUCCUGUUUUAGUUUUUGCUAUACAGUGGUACCUCAGGUUACAGACGCUUCAGGUUACAGACUCCACUAACCCAGAAAUAGUGCUUCAGGUUAAGAACUUUGCUUCAGGAUGAGAACAGAAAUCGUGCUCCCGCAGCGGCAGUGGCAGGCCCCAUUAGCUAAAGUGGUGCUUCAGGUUAAGAACAGUUUCAGGUUAAGAACAGACCUCCGGAACAAAUGAAGUACUUAACCCGAGGUACCACUGUAUUGUUGUAAAGUAAAUUUCUUGGUAAAGUUGGCUUUUGCUUGUCUCCGUCCUCAGUAGCCUGAAAGUUUCCUAAAACACUGGUGCGCAAUGAUGCCUUUUGCUGUUUGGUGAAGCUCUUGGCUUAAGGGAGGAAGAGGAUUGAUCCUGCAGAGAGGCGAUCUGGUGGCUCAGGCCAGGGCCAUUGGUUAAGUCAGGUGGAUAGGAAGCCAGGGCUCUCAUCACCCUUCCUGGUUUGUGUGUGCGUUUGUGUGUUUGUAGGAAGACCAGGAACCAGGGGGAGAUGCGGACAGUAAGUAGAAUGUAUCUGGAGCACAAGGAGUUCUGUGCUUGUCCUGGGGAAGCUGGAGAUAGGCAGAAUGGAUAAAGCAAAAUCUUUUACUGGACCAGAACCAAAGAGUCUAGUGGCCCCUUGAAAGAUUAAUGUGUUUAUUGUUCUCUGAACUUUUUCUCAGCAAAAUCCUUCUGCCUAGAGGAGUUGGGGCUGUGGCAGAGGUGCGGGAGAGAGAAGAUGCAUUGUAUAAUAAAUCAAUUAAAUGGGUUUUUUUUGGGGGGGUUGCAAAUAGUCUGGUUGUUUUCAUGAAAGAAGCCCCCUGCCCCCCACCAGCACCAUGCUUGCCACCUCUUUCGGAUCGUGUUCUGCAAAUGGAUUAUGCCAGGCAGCUGCAGACAGCAGGAAAUGGGGACGAGGCUGCAAAAUUGGAUUAGGGUGGUGGAAGAGCCUCUUGGAUUGAAUCUCCAUUAAAAGAUCAAUGCGCUUAACUAUCAUUUUAAUAUAAUUUGUUUAAGAUUAAGAAACCCAUUUUAAUGUGGCAAAUAGAUUAGGCUGCAAGAUGCCAAGCAGGCUGGCCCUGGGCUGGGGGGAAAGCUUCUGGGCUGGGGGUGCUGCAUAGGGGAGGAGAAGGCUGUUUCCCUGCCCCAUGGUUCAGACAAGGUGCGGAUGUUCAUUUAUGGCAGGGGUGGAGAGGCUCAGGCCUGAUGGGGAGAAGCAGUGUUGGCCCCCAGGCAUCACUAUCCUUCCCAAAGCACUCUCCCAAGAACACACGCCCUCUUUGCCAGGCUACGCCCUUCCCUGGCGGUGUUUUGCACCCUCCUUGGGUGCUUGUGGCUGACUGUGCUAAGGCCCCUUCCUUGCCGAGAUGGAGAGAGGGUAGAAUCAUCUGAUUCACACAUGGGUGGAAUGUUGUUGUUGUUGUUAAUUACCCAUCCAUCACCCUAAGGUCCCAAGGUGAGGUGCAUAAGUUAAAAUACAGCAAUAAUUAAAAAAACAAAUUUUCAAAACUUACAGUUACUAGAAAAAGCCAUCACAAAACAUAGGGGCAGGUCCUGAAAAUACGCAUCUUGGGUGUCAGAAGUGCACUGACUAUACAUCAGGAUAGACCUUUCUGACAGUAAGAGCUGUUUGACAGUGGAACGGACAACCACAGUAGGUGGUGGAGUCUCCUUCCUUGAAGGUUUUUAAACAGAGCUUGGAUGGCCAUCUGUCAGGGAUCCUUCUUUCGCUGUGAUUCUUGCAUGUCAAGGGGUUGGACUUGAUGACCCUUGGGGUGCUUUCCAACUCUACAAUUCUCUGCUGCUGUGAUUCUCCUCCGCCCCAGUGACUGAUUUAGGGGAGUACGACUGGUUUGGUUUCACUGGGCACUGAGCCUUGGGGGUGCUGCCGGGAGGGCCACAACUAUGAUGUAGAAUGGAAAGUGAGUGGUGUUGAUGGGGGGGGCACCGGAUUUUGGCACCACACAGGGUGCUUCUGAAAUAAUAAUAAUAUUAAUAAUAAUUUAUUAUACCCCGUCCAUCUGGCUGGGUUUCCCCAGCCACUCUGGGCUGCUUCCAAUAGAAUAUUAAAAUACAAUAGUCUGUUAAACGUGAAAAGCUUCCCUAAACAGGGCUGCCUUCAGAUGUCUUCUAAAAUUCUGGUAGUUGUUUUUCUCUUUGACAUCUGGUGGGAGGGCGUUCCACAGGGCGGGUGCCACUACUGAUAAGGCCUUCUGCCUGGUUCCAUGUAACUUGGCUUCUCGCAAUGAGGGAACCGUCAGAAGGCCCUCGGCACUGGACCUCAGUGUCCGGGUAGAACGAUGGGGGUGGAGACGCUUCUUCAGGUACAUUUGAGACCCCAGGUGGCUUCAUAUGCAGAGUCAUGAACAUUGGCCCUCCUUCUCUGCCUCCACCUGUGGGCCGAAAGGCUUUUUUUUGACCCAAAGAGGGGCUGCUUGCCAGCAGUGAAAGUGGGCACGCCACACUCACCUUGAAAGCAGCAGAUUAGCUGCUGGCUGUGUUUGUUUGUUUGUGUGGUGGCCUUCUUCCUGCUCAUCAAAUGAUCCACCUGAUGAUUGGGGAGUGGGCAGUUGUUGUUGUGAAUUGCAUUUAUAUCUCACCUUUUCCUGCAAGGAGCUCAAGGUGACAUACAUGGUUCUCUCCCUCCCCACAAAAAGCCCUGGGAAGAAGGUUAGGCUGAGAGGCAGUGACUGUCCAUGGGCACCACCCAGCGAGCUUCAAAUGGCUGAGUGUCAGGAUUUGAACCCUGCUCUCUCCCAUAUCCUGGGCUGACACUCUAACCGCUACACCAGUUUGCAUCUCUAUCUGGGUGUUGAGCUAGGUGGAGAAGGUCUACUUCAUUUCCCCUCCCCCCCCCACUCCUGCCCAAAGUUGUGGGGUCUUCCAGGGUGGAGGUAGAAGCAUUUACUUGGGACCCCUGCACCAGGAGUUAGGCACCCCCAUGUCCUAAAGCCCUGUGGAUGUUCCUUUCAUUGGAAACAAUAAAAGCGGAUUAAACUUUAAGCCCACAGGGUGGGGGCAGGAAUUGACGAAGUUCUAAUGUUCCUGAAGUCGUUCCAGUAGUUCUUUGGAAGGCUAAACUCAGGUGGAAAAAAAACAAUUAAAAAGGACAGUAAAAGUGUAAAGAAUAUUUAGGCAGCCUCAGGUAGCUAAGUGCCCACGUUGCAGCUGAGAAGCUGAUGGUGCAAGGGUGAGGCUUGUGCAGCCUGUUUACUCGGGUGUAAGCCCCUCUUCUUUUCUCGGAAUUUACUCCUUGGCCCAUUGCAGGGAAAAUGCCUAGUGUGUUUCCUGCGGUCUCUGAAGAACCAUCAGAGAGGAUCAAAAUUGUGGCUCUGCAGGGGGCCCUUUGGGAGAACAUUCCUUCCCAGUGUCCAGUGAUGAAGUUGCCAGUUAGUCCCAGUAUUGGCAGGUGGUGGUGAGAACUUGAAGCCAGGGAGGCCACAUCUGCAGCUUGCCCUCCUGAGGAACGCUUGGCUGCUUGUGUUUUUUUACCCCCCAAACAUAUCCUCUCUCGUAAUCCCAUCUAAUGGCUUCUCUGAAAAGCUCAGGCCUGAACCACAGUGAAGGCUGGUGGGAAAGCAGGACAAAGCUGCCCUCCUGGUGGGGUGCUCAGCCCCUGGGGAAGGAGCAGGAACCCCCCUGCUGCAAUGGCAAAGCGGUAUGGGGGCUUGCUCAAGGCUGGGUGAUGUAUCUCAGCUGCUUCUUCCUCCCUUAAGAUGGGGAGGAAGCAGCAGCAGCCGAGAUACAUUCCAGACAUCGUGAUAUACAGUGGUACCUUGAUUCUCGAACGUCUUGGCUCCCGAACAAAUCGUUUCCUGAACGCCGCAAACCCGGAAGCAAGUGUUCUGGUUUGCGAACAUUUUUUGGAAGCUGAACAUCCGUUUCAGCUGUCAGCAUUGUUUCCGGGGCCAAUCAGCCAGUCAGAAGCAGCGCCUUGGUUUGCGAAUGUUUUGGAAGUCGAGUGGACUUCCAGGACGGAUUGAGUUUGAGAACCAAGGUACCACCCUAUCAGCAUAUUGUGGUAUUUAGCUGCUGAUAUAUCACGAUGUUAGGGACAUGGGUGGUGCUGUGGAUUAAACCACAGAGCCUAGGACUUGCCGAUCAGAAGGUUGGCAGUUCGAAUCCCUGCAAUGGGGUGAGCUCCCGUUGCUUGGUCCCUGCUCCUGCCAACCUAGCAGUUCGAAAGCAUGUCAAAGUGCAAGUAGAUAAAUAGGUACCACUUUGGCAGGAAGGUAAACGGCCUUUCCGUGCACUGCUCUGGUUCGCCAGAAGCGGCUUAGUCAUGCUGGCCACAUGACCCGGAAGCUGUACACCGGCUCCCUCGGCCAGUAAAGCGAGAUGAGCGCCGCAACCCCAGAGUCGGUCACGACUGGACCUAAUGGUCAGGGUUCCUUUUACCUUUACCUGUAUCACGAUGUUGAAAACCAGGUAUCACCCAGCCCUACUUGAAUCCUGCUUGUGGGUUUCCCAGUGGGGCAUCUUGUUGGCCAUUGUAAGAAGAGGAUUCUGGACUAGAUGGGCCAUUGGCCUAAUCCUGUCGGCUGUUCUGAUGAGAUGGGAGCUACUUCUGCUGGGAUCCUGCCAACCUCAGAAAGCCAGUGGGGUUGGCACUCUCCUUCAGCUCCUCCCUUUCCUUGCACUGAAAGACUAUUCUGAAUAUUCAGAAUAAAGAAUAUUCUGAACAGAAUAUUCAUCAUUUGGGGCCGCGCUUCAAAGUGUACAUUCUGCUUCCCAUCCAUUAUGGCUCCUGCAUCCUGUUUCUGAAGGGUCAGCUCCUCUUGCUGUUAUUCUAGAUUUGUUGCAGCCACAGCCUUCACAAACCUGAUACCGUCAGGAUGUUUUGGACCACAAAGUCUGGAGGGCAUCUGGUUGACAAAAGCCGAGCUAGAAUGUAGGAGGCUGCCUUAUACCUUAAACCUGUGCAUGUAAAAAGGGGGUUUCCCUAAAAAUAAGAUGUUUCUAGCCCUCAAGGUUAUGAAUAAAGGAAGCUGCUUUAUACUGAGGUCCAUUUAACACAAGUGUUGUCUAUAAUGACUGGCAGCAGUGCCUCUCUAGGGCUUCAGCCAAAACCCUCAUCCAGCCCUACCUGGGAGAUGUCAUUGGGGAUUGAACCUGGGACCUUCUGUAUGCAAAGCCGCUGCUCUGCCACUGAGCCACAGCAUUCUUGUGCCUUGCUCUGCCCUGAGCUGUGGAGAGCUCCCCUUGCAUUGCAGAACCCCCCAGGAAAUGGGCACCACAGCAGAGUUUCGUCCGAGGACACAGGAAAGCACCAAGUCAACGAAAUUGUGGGAAUCUGGACAGCUAAAACAAAUCCUCUCAUUUGCGCCUCCUCGUUUGCGUCUGCUUCCUGAAGUGUCGCCUCCGUGAGGGUUAAUUCCAGCACAUGGCUGCUCUCUGUGUUAAUUUGAGGGAGGAUCCUUGCCAAAAUAAUCAGGCUGUACAAAUCCCUGCCGCGACGUAGCAUUUAUAAGUGCUAAAGGGAAGUAGCGAAGGAGCACAAAUUGCAACAGAGCUUCAGGCGGCAUCAAAAUCGUCUGCAGGCUUCAGAAGCUGCGUUUCUGAAAUGUGGUGUUUUAAAAGUCUCUGUCCCGGCUGAAGUUGGCAGUCAGCUGCAGGAGAUUGCUGGGGCCAUCAAGCCUGGCUCUGUCCAUACAGGCAGUGUGGGGAAGAGAGGGAGCAGGACAUCCGGGGCCUGAAUGCGGCCCUCGAGAGCUGGGGUGUAUCUAGGGGUUGGCCAGGCUGGCUCCUGCCAAGGGCACAAGCCCCAGGUGUGUGUGUACAAAAUCAUGUCUCCCCACUCUGGCUUGGAGUGGCCAAGAGCCUGUCCACAUGCUCCCAGGUUGCUCCUUCCCUGCUCUGGGAGUUGCCUAGGGUUGCCACCUGUCCUGUAUAAUACAGGAUUGUGCCUUAUUUCAAUGUAAAAUGCUACUGUUUUGUCCCAUGGUCUUCUCUCUCUCUCUCUCUCUCUCUCUCUCUCAAUCUCUGCAAAGUUAGGGAUCCUCUCCAAAUGCAUGUGUUUGAAAAGGUAUGCGAAAAGUCAUGCAUUUAAGCUCUGGGUAGCCAAGUGCAGACAGAUUUACAAAUUCACGUGUAUGUAUGUGACAAAUUCCAAACGGGGCAUCCUGUUAGGCUGUAAUCACAGAAUCGUAGAAUCUGUAGAGCUGGAAAGGACCACGAGAUGCCAUCGAGUCCAACCCCCUACAAUGCGUAAAUAUUUUGCCCAACAUAGGGCUUGAACCCACAACCCUGAGAUUAAGAGUCUCACACUCUACCGACUGAGCUAGAGAGAGUACUUUGCAAUGGGUUGCUCUGAAGUCGCUUCUGCACCAUAUAAAAAUCACCCACCAACUGCCCUGCCUCGCCUUGUCCUGUAUUUUGCCAGAACAAAAGUGGCAACCCUAGAGCUGCCAGGCUUCAAGGGAUGGGGAGGGAGGCACCCAUACAGUUCCUUGCCAAGCAUGUAAGGGAGCCUAGGUACACCUCUGAUGAGCAUCUCUUGCCAGCCCUGCCCUCCUCAAGGGCUGGAAUGUGUCCUUGAACUAUGAUGGUGCCCCUGGCUUGCAUCGACAGAGGAUGCGGAAAACGUGUGUGCAGAAACAUCUUGCUUUUGUGUGUCCUAUUGCUCCACCCACUUUCCCCCUGGCCUCGCCCACCACCUGCCCACGGCCCCUGAAAGGUUCCAUGCGAGGGACUGUGGCCCUCAGGCUGACGAAGAUUUGUUUAGUAAGUUCACUUCAAGGUCAGCGUUGCUCCACUUGCUUCCUGGGUCUUUUACCUGCCGGCAGCAAGCGCCUUCCUGUAGGAACCUUGCUUUUGGGGAAGAAACACCUGCAAGGGAAAUGGCCUGUGAUUAAUACUUCAUUUCCUCUGAUUACUGGUAAUAGGCAGGUCUCCAAGACGCCUCAGAAGUGCACCCAGUGGGAGAGGCAGCCAUAGGGUUUAUGCUGUGCCUCAGUGACUGUGGUGAUUAACAGCCACAGUUUCCAAAGCUAUCAAUCAAGGCAUGCUUGAAGUUUUGAAAGGGGGCUGCUAGGUCUGCACCCUCCCAGCCACUCUGUGCUUCUCCCGACAUCAGCCCUGCCCUUGCAACUUGUGUGAGAGGAAGCAGGUUGGUGCUUUGGAAUGCUCUCUCUAAAAGCACAUGGGGUCAAACGACAGAGGAACAGUUCGGCACCUGAUCUGAGCUCCUUUAGGAGACAGCUCUCUGUGGCACUUGGGACUUUGAAAAGUCCCGAAUGUGUUUCAUUUGCUUGAUAGCCAACAACAACAAAACAACAACAAUAAUUUAUUAUUGAUACCCUGCCCAUCUGGCUGAGUUUCCCCAGCCACUCUGGGCGGCUCCCAAUCAAGUGUUAAAAACAAUACAGUGGUACCUCGGGUUACAGAUGCUUCAGGUUACAGACUCUGCUAACCCAGAAAUAGUACCUCGGGUUAAGAACUUUGCUUCAGGAUGAGAACAGAAAAUGGGCGGCAGUGGAGCAGCGGCAGCAGGAGGCCCCAUUAGCUAAAGUCGUACCUCAGGUUAAGAACAGUUUCAGGUUAAGGACAGACCUCUAGAACAAAUUAAGUUCUUAACCACCACUGUACAGCAUUAAACAUUAAAAACUUCCCUAAACAGGGCUGCCUUCAGAUGUCUUUUAAAGAUAAGAUAGCUGCUUAUUUCUUUCACAUGGGCAUUCCACAGGGAGGGCGCCACUACCGAGAAGGCCCUCUGUCUGGUUCCCUGUAACCUCUUCCUAGCGGCAAGUGCACUCAGAGCAGAGUAGGGAUAAAAGCAGCCAGAUUUGAACACCUGACCCCAUCCAUUUGCCUUCAGGGUCUUGGGAGCACCCGUCUCUCAUAGAGAGCAUUCCUUAAGUUUGCGGCCAAGCCUCCUAAAGCACUCUGACUGUGACACCUCAAAAGAGCUCUUGCUGUGUUCCAGGGAACCUUUUGAGGGUUUUUUUCAUAGAAUCAUAGAGUUGGAAGGGACCCAAGGGUCAUCUAGUCCAACCCCCUGCAAUGCAGGAAUCUCAGCUAAAGUAUACAUGGCAGACAGCCAUCCAACCUCUGCUUAAAAACCUCUAAGGAAGGAGAGCCCACAACCUCCCGAGGGAGACUGUUCUACUGUCAAACAGCUCUUACUGUCAGAAAGUUUUUCCGUAUGUCUAGUCGGAAUCUCAUUUCCUGCAACUUGAAGCCCUUGGUUCCAGUCCUACUUUCCAGAGCAGGAGAAAACAAGCCUACUCCAUCCUCCACGUGACAGCCCUUGAGAUAUUUGAAGAUGGCUAUCAUAUCUCCUCUCAGUCUCCGCUUUCCCAGGCUAAACAUACCCAGCUCCUUCAACCGUUCCUCAUCCGGCUUGGCUUCCAGAGCCUUGAUCAACUUGGUCGCCCUCCUUUCCACAUGUUCCAGCUUGUCAACAUCCUUCUUAAAUUGGGGUGCCCAGAACUGGACACGGUAUUCCAGGUGUGGUCACCUGUUUUUUUGCAGAGUUGUUGCAAAGUUGGGGGAGAGCAAGAUGGUUACUUGUAGGUUCCCCCCGCCUCUGCUCUUUUAAGUGUCCCAAAUGCCCGGAUGGAUAUCUUUGUGUUCGGUGACUUGUUUCUUGUGAAUGGUUCCCUUCCCCACAAUGGCAAUGCAGAAUAAAUUACCGCCCAUCUUCUGCUGCAAAACAUGCGCCACUUUAGCAUACAUUUCAACCUGACAGUCCUUGCUUUGCAUCUCGAGCCCAUUGAGUUGCUCCUCCCCCCUUACACUUUACAUACCUGCCUACCAAGAUUGCCCUUGUGGAUCUGAUGAAGUAAAAGCCUGAGGGAUGGCUGGCUCAGUCAGCAGAGCAUGAGACUCUUAAUCUCAGGGUCGUGGGUUCAAACCCCACAUUAGAUGAAAGAUCCUUGCAUUGCAGGGGGUCAGACUGGAUUCCACCCCCCUUUAAAAAUAUAUAUAAAAAAAUUAUUAAAACAAUUUCAGUUAUAAAAAAUAGAGUGAUGAAAGAGAAGGGGAAAGGUGCACAAAGUACAUUAAGAAAGGAAGAUAUACUAUAGUACACUAAAUAUACUACACUAUAUUUCUUUGGUACACUAAAUAUACUACACUACAUUUAUAGUAUGCUAUACUAAAUAGGUAGUAUAUUACACUAUUAUAGUAUAUCACACUAGAGUUGGAAGGGACCCCAAGGGUCAUCUAGUCCAACCCCCGAUGUGCAUUUUAGGCACAUCCAGACUCCCUUUUUGUGCUGUGUUUCUAGGCAUAUGUCCACAUUUUAAAGUGUUGUUAUCGGUUUCGCCCCUGGCACUUUCCCUAUGAAAACUGCUCUUUACUGCUGGAUCGGAGCAAACAGAAAUCCGCAGAAAACCCGAAUUGUCAUUUCCCCCUGAUUCAGCAAUAAAGAGAGAGUUUUUGCAGAGAAAACACUGCAGCGGGGGGGGGGGGGGGCCGGGGAGAGAAGCACUUGGAUACAGCACUUUAAAUUGUGAACCUGUGCCUAGAAAGGAUGGGGAGGGCGGGCAGUAAGUUGAUGACCCCUGAGCAUUUUUGUUUUUGUGUUACAAAGGGACCCUGCUAGGCUGCAGACACAGCGUGCAUCUAAAGCCCAUAAAAAGAUAAAGGGACCCCUGACCAUUAGGUCCAGUCGUGGCCGACUCGGGUUGCGGCACUCAUCUCGCUUUAUUGGCCGAGGGAGCCAGCGUACAGCUUCCGGGUCAUGUGGCCAGCAUGACUAAGCUGCUUCUGGCGAACCAGAGCAGCGCACGGAAACGCCGUUUACCUUCCCGCCAGAGUGGUACCUAUUUAUCUACUUGCACUUUAACAUGCUUUCGAACUGCUAGGUUGGCAGGAGCAGGGACCGUGCAACAGGAGCUCACCCAGUCGUGGGGAUUCAAACCGCCGACCUUCUGAUCGGCAAGUCCCAGCCUCUGUUGUUUAACCCACAGCGCCACCCGCGUCCCUUUUUCUAAAGCCCAUAGCUUCCCCCAAAGGCAACUGGGAACUAUAGUUUGUUAGGUUGCUGGAAAUUGCAGCUCUGCAGCGGGGCGGGGAUGGGAUACAGAUCCCAGGAUACUUUGGGGGAAGAAGCUGUCUUCUUUAAUGGCAAUGUGUGUAUGCAGAACCUCAGUAGGGCCAUGCAAGGAGCUGGAUUAGGCCAGAGGGCUAUCUUAGAAUCAUAGGUGCCAACUUACUGGGGCCCUGGCUGCCCAAGCACUCACAAAAUCCCCCAUAAAGGGGCUGGGCAUGCACAAAUGUUUGUGCCAGGGCAUGGCCCCAGGCACGCACGGUCGCGGGGCCAAGUUGGCACUCCUAAUUUCAGAGUUGGAAGAGACCCCAAGGGCCAUCUAGUCUAACUUGCCCAGCAUCCUGUUCUUGCAGUGGCCCCUAGGGAUCCUACCAGCAGGGCCCAGAUGCAACAGCAACAGUCUCCCCCACUUGCAAUUUCCCAAAUACAGUGGUACCUCAGGUUACAAACGCUUCAGGUUACAAACGCUUCAGGUUACAAACGCUUCAGGUUACAGACUCCAUGAACCCAGAUGUAGUACCUCAGGUUAAGAACUUUACUUCAGGAUGAAGUGGCGCGGCGGCAGUGGGAGGCCCCAUUAGCUAAAGUGGUACCUCAGGUUAAGAACAGUUUCAGGUUAAGAACGGCCCUCCAGAACGAAUUAAGGUCUUAACCCGAGGUAAGAUGCCAUGAUUCAGAUGCCGACUGACCACGGAGGCUGGAGCAGAGACAUUGCAUCUGGUAGCCCCUGGUCGCCUGAUUCCCCACACACCUUGGCUGGGCUCCUUCGCCUCCUGUCCUCUGUCUCCAGAGGAGCUGCCUGCUGCCAGUUGCAUUACCCAGUGGAGAGGAGACAGUUUUGUUCUCCAGGGCCCAGAGCAGCCAUAGAACAGCCUGUUCUAACUGAUGAAAAAUGGGCAGGGCGGGGGCAGUGGCAACAGGUUUGCGAGGAGCACAGGAAAUGGAUUUUAAUAAUGAGAAGUAGGCAAGAACAUUGCCCAGGGUAACAAGGAAGCCUUAACCGCAUUAAGAAGGCUGGAAGAGGAACGCUCUUGCCAGCUGCUUUCUGGCCUAGGAUGAUAACAGGGUCAUUCCCUCCCUUCACCUCCCUGUGUGAGAAAUGUUGGACCCUGUUGGAGCAGGCGUCAGUUGUCAAGUUGUUCUGAACUGAGCCACCGCACCAUUUCGAUGAUGGCCACAUGCCACAAACCUCUCUUGCGUCUCUCUUCCCACCCUAUGCCAUGCUUGGAGCAGCGUUAGAACUCAGGUAUAUAAACUAAUCGCCAAAUGGCACCUUAAACCAGGGUUACGAUUGCUGCUAUGGAAUUGUCUAGGCGCCAUUUCCCUCUUAUGAAAUUGUUUAUUACAGUGGUACCUUGGGUUAAGAACUUAAUUCUUUCUGGAGGUCCGUUCUGAACCUGAAACUGUUCUUAACCUGAGGUACCACUUUAGCUAAUGGGGCCUCCUGCUGCCGCCGUGUGAUUUCUGUUCUCAUCCUGAGGUAAAGUUCUUAACCCGAGGUACUAUUUCUGGGUUAGCAAAGUCUGUAACCUGAAGCGUAUGUAACCUGAAGAGUAUGUAACCCGAGGUACCACAUUAUUAUUAUUAUUAUUAUUAUUAUUAUUAUUAUUGUUUCUGUACUGCUUUAUAUUUUAAAGGGAAAAAGAUUCAGAGUGGUUUACAACAAAUUCGAACAUCAAAUCAAUAAAACAAAUUCAAGCUUCGAGGGUAAUGUUUCAGAUCCUUCUCGAAGUGCCAUUUUGCUCUCCCCAUAUUUAUUGACCUACUUAAGUCAUAUAGCUGCCCCAUGGCAGAAGUACUGUAGGAAGGCAGUAUGAUGUAGUGGUUAGAGUGUUGGACUAGGACCUGGGAGGGGCCAGCCAGGUGGAGAUGUCAGUUGCCAGCCUGGCAUCCAGGGAUCUCCACGUGGUGGCAAUUGGACCCGCACCAGUCACAAAAUGUGCCAGGCCCCUGAACACUAGCUUGAAGGUGCUGGGUUUUUAUUUUUAACUCAGACUUCUAAAUAUGGAGAAUUGGUAGGUACCCUUAGGGUCAUCCAGUCCAGCCCCCUGCAAUGCAGGAAUCACAGCUCAUGGAUGUUAAGUUGUGGGUGAACAUAUCAGACGACACAGCGAUUCUUCAAACAGCUCUUGUUUAUUCACAGGCCAGAACAGAACUGAACUGAAGGGUUCAGUCAGCCUGCUUAUAUAGAGCUCCAGUACAAUGUAACUGUAACAAUUUUCUAAAACUAUCCAAUCACUGAACAUCACUUUCGAUCCCUUAUUUGCAUAACUAUCUACAGUAUCCCCCUGCUGGUCCAGGAUGAGAACUUCAGUACAUAAACUGAAGCGUAUGUAACCUGAAGCGUAUGUAAUCUGAGGUACUACUGUAAACAGAAUAAGGAAGUAGUGCAGCUUCAGGUGGCCAUUCUCUGCUGUUGCCAAAGAGCACAACGAUCAGGAGAUCUUCCGUCUCCAAGAGGGAUUAAACUUUAGGCCUAAACUCCAAGGACAGCCUCCCAAUGAGAUGAGCUCCCAAAGAUCAUGACCAGGUCGUGGUGAUUUCUCUGUUUUCAGACAGCCCAGACGAGUCUGCCAUUGGCAAAGCCAGGAUAAGCCUUAACUUGGCGAGACGAUGAUGAUGGCAUCAUCAUCACGAUUUAAAUAUAUUUGUCGCUUUUUACCCUCCAAAAAGCAACUUACAAAAAUACCAUAAAAUAUGCAAAAGCACUACAAUACAGUGGUACCUUGGGUUAAGUACUUAAUUCGUUCUGGAGGUCCAUUUGUAACCUUAAGCUGUUGUUAACCUGAAGCACCACUUUAGCUAAUGGGGCCUCCUGCUGCUGCCGCGCCACUGGAGCACGAUUUCUGUUCUCAUCCUGAAGCAAAGUUCCUAACCCAAGGUACUAUUUCUGGGUUAGCGGAGUCUGUAACCUGAAGCAUAUGUAAUCUGAAGCGUAUGUAACCCGAGGUACCACUGUAUUGGAUGCUUCCGGACUGUCACUGUGUUAGGGUAGUAUUCAGUGACUUAUCAGAAAAUUCAAGUUGCACAAUUAAUAUUUGAGCUGGAGCUCUUGCGCAGCAAAGCCACUCUUCCUGCCCCACCCACCCCAAAGAUCAGACUUUUAUGAUAUGUAAAGUGAAGGGGGAACUGCCCUAGAAAGUUGGGAUAGGGCUUGCUUGACACAGUGUUGUCUAACCUCCCUGCAAACAAAUCAGGUAUAAAUCCUCAAUAAGCUGGUUGUUUGUUGGUGAGCAGUGUUGAUGGCAAAGAGCAAAGGAUUCAGGGUGAAGGGAUCUCCCCAGAUUCCUGGAUCCAUCCUUGAGCAAUGCCCUAGAAGUGCAAGGAAAGGCUCCUGAAUAACCCAGAUCACAGGGACCAAAGAGAGACAGGAAGGGGUGUGUGUGUGUGUGAAUGUGCCCCUGUGUCAAAACUCACUCCACCACCACCAUACACCACUGCAGGUGGUUGUGCUGGUGGGGUGAACUGUGUUAGACAUACCGUAUUUUUCGCUCUAUAAGAUGCACCAGACCACAAGACACACCUAGUUUUUGGAGGAGGAAAACAAGAAAAAAAAUAUUCUGAAUCUCAGAAGCCAGAACAGCAAGAGGGAUCACUGCGCAGUGAAAGCAGCAAUCCCUCUUGCUGUUCUGGCUUAUGGGAUAGCUGCGCAGCCUGCAUCCGCUCCAUAAGACGCACACACAUUUCCCCUUACUUUUUAGGAGGGAAAAAGCGAGUCUUAUAGAGCAAAAAAUACGGUAUUUGUGAUCCCAUUUUACCUGUUUUAAAAACUUUGCUUUUUUUAUUUAAAGCAGCCAACAUUCUUAUAACCAACCACGGCAGCUCAGAAACUGUAGAAGUUUAAAUACACCAACACUGUUGCCAUAUCGAUAACAAGAUUAACAAAUAAGCGCUGAUAAAAGCAGUAAUUGGCAAACAAGAUUAAGGGAACAAUAUUAAUACAAGAGCAACGGAGGUAAAAUGCUGGCAAGAACAGGAAAAGGUUGUCUGGAAGGAUGUGGGGUCGGGUUGUAUGGCCCUGGGGUGAGAGGAGGGCAAGCCUAGUUUGAGCUCAGGUCUUGGCAGGGUAAAUCAGAUGCACCAAGUUUUCUUCUUAAAGGGGAUUCUGGAGGGGCUGCGGAAACCUGGACUAUCCUGCCAUCUCUUUUGGGAGUCACUCUGCAAUAAAUUCCAAAGUGAUGAGACCUAAACAAAGGUGCUUGACUCAUUGAUAGGUACAGCUGAACGACAGCAGAGUGUUGUGGCAUUUGGCACAAUUCUGUGCAAACCCACAGAGUCUUGUUCUGGGCGAAAAUUCCAUGCGCCUGAGAAGCUCCGCUUGGCUUUUCACAAAAGCAAGUUUCCAGCCCUCUUGGUGCACAAGGCCUUGGCUCGUGGCUGAGUGGUUUCCCCGCUGCCUUGCUCUUUUCCCAGGGGAAACCUGCUCUUUCUCUCUAAAUCAGAGCAAACAGCAAUCUGCGGGGAACCCAAUUGCCGUUUGCUCCAGUUGAGCACUAAAGAGCCUUUCCCCCCGGGGAAAGCAGCGGGACAAGAAGACGUGUGGAUAAACCCUCAGAAUAGAUGAAGUAUUUCUUCACGUAGUGCGUAGUUUGUUCAUUUAUUUUUAUUUAAUAGAUUUAUAUGCCAGCCUUCGUCAUAAGAUCUGAGAAUAAAAUACAGGAUCAAAACGAGUAAACAAGGGAAACAAACCAGCAAAACAACCUUCCCACAGACACAUUUAAAAAGCUGUAGAAUAUUAAUCUUACGGAACUAUGGAACUCCCUCCUACAGGAGCAGAGAUGACUUUAAAAGAGGAUUGGACAAAUUUAUGGAGGAGGAGGAGGAGGGCUGUUGAUGGCUAUUCCCCAUGAUGCCUAUGCUUCGUCCUUCCAGUGUUGAAGGUGGUAAUAAUAAUAAUAAUAAUAAUAAUAAUAAUAAUAAUAAUUAUACCCUGCCCUCCCCAGCCAAGACAGGGCUCAGGGCGGCUAACACCAGGUAUAAAAACAAUUGAUUAAAAUACAACUUAAAAACGAGAUUAAAGUACAACAUUAAAAUGCAGCCUCGUUUCAGUAGAAACUCAAAUCAAAAAACUUGGAAAUGUCAAAUCUUCACCAAGGCCAACUAUCCAGACUGGUCCUACAUGAGCCAGAAAAAAGCCAGGGAAGUCCCCAAAUAGGCGUUCCAUCACAGAAGGAGAAAGGAAAAAGGAAAGAGGGGGAGGGGAUCAAGUUGAUUCCAAGCCAAAGGUCAGGUGGAACAACUCUGUCUUACAGGCCCUGCGGAAAGAAAUCAGAUCCUGCAGGGCCCUGGUCUCAUGAGACAGAGCGUUCCACCAGUGUUGAAAAGGCCCUGGCUCUGGUUGAGGCCAGAACUCCAGCUGCUGGGAAUUGCAGGGGGGGCGAGCGCUGCUGUUGUGCCCACACCCUGCUUGUGAGCUUCCUCCCAAUUGGGGGCAUCUGGUUGGCCGCUGUGAGAACAGGAGUCCCCUUUGGCCUGAUCCAGACUCUUCUCAAGUUCUGUUUUACUUUCUGUAUUAUUUGUGUCUCCACUAGAGAGAAUAUGACCUCAAUGCAUUACUCCCUUUUCCAGCAGUCUCUCUCCUUUCCAAUGCAGCUGUGGGAGGAGACACACCUCACCAGCUACCUAGAAUAAGAGAUAGCUGCCCCCUCCGGAGGUAGGAAAUGACUGUGAGAGCCACAGCCUUUCGACAGGAAACUUAAUUUUCACACAGAUGUUCCGUUGUUGAGCUGCCCCCCACAAAGAGAAAAGGCGUCCAUCCCAUUGAUUCUCUUGGAGACUUUUGCCCAUGUCUUUUGGGGCCUGGGCCAACUUCCCCGCCAUGGGGAUCUGAGCCAGCCCCAGCAAAGCCGAGAGCCAAGACCCUCUUCCUGGCACCUGGGCGACUUGAGAUCUGUGCCUGCUCGCUGUGAUCCUGCAGAUAUGGACACUGGAUUCCCCGGCACCCUCUUGCCCGGCUCUCACCAUGCUAAUUCGUGGGCAUAAAGACUUCCUGGCAGAUGUGGUCUACAUUGUCUUGGAGCUACUCAUCGCGGUACUGGCCAUCUUGGGCAACGUCCUGGUCUGCUGGGCCGUCUGCCUGAACAGCAACCUCCAGAACGUCACCAACUACUUUGUGGUGUCUCUGGCGGUGGCCGACAUCGCGGUGGGCGUCCUCGCCAUCCCCUUUGCCAUCACCAUCAGCACCGGCUUCUGCGCCUACUUCUAUGGCUGCCUCUUCAUCGCCUGCUUCGUCCUGGUCCUGACCCAGAGCUCCAUCUUCAGCCUCCUGGCCAUCGCGAUCGACCGGAUUAUCGCCAUCCGGAUGCCUCUCAGGUAAAUGUGCAGUUGAUGACAAUGACAACAAGCUGUGCUUUAUUUUCUAGGGGUAAAAGGUAAAGGAUCCCUGGACAAUUCAGUCCAGUCAAAGGCAACUGUGGGGUUGUGGGGCUCAUCCCGCUUUCAGGCCGAGGGAGCCGGUGUUUGUCCACAGACAGCUUUCCGGGUCAUGUGGCCAGCAGGACUAAACCGCUUCUGGUGCAACGGGACACCGUGACGGAAACCUGAACGCACGGAAAUGCUGUUUACCUUCCCGCCGCAGUGGUACCUGUUUAUCUACUUGCACUGGCAUGCUUUCAAACUGCUAGGUUGGCAGGAGCUGGGACAGAGAAAUGGGAGCUCACUCCAUCACUCGGAUUCAAACCGCCGACCUUCUGAUCGGCAAGCCCAAGAGGCUCAGUGGUUUAGACCACAGCGCCACCCGCAUCCCUUGUGAUUCUAGGGGUACUCAAUGGUACACAGUACUGGCACCUUUCCCCACCCCCAAAUGUUAAAAGUGUGGUACUUGCUGUAACAACUUCAUCAUGAAUACUAGGAGUGCCAACUUCAAUAAAAUAUGGGGGGGACAGGUAAGUCCCACCCUGCAUAUUGGAUCACAUGAUGUGGCACAUGCACACCAUUUGAAAGGCAAUGCCCAUCAAUUGGGGUGAGAAAGAACACUUGGCCCCUAGGAAUUGGCUCCUAGGGUGAGUACCAGUACCAUGUUUUUUCUUUGAAAAAAAGCACCGGUGACGACAGACAGGGCUCAAGGAGCACAGCUUCAGUGCAGAGCUUAUUUCCCUUCUCCAGAACUAGCAGAAGCAGAAUAAAUUUGCUGCUGGAGAAGUCUGAAGUCUGUCACCAACUUUUCAUCCGUUUUAAAAAGCCAGCGGGUGAUGCUGGGAUCUGCACGACCAAAAUCCCAGCUGGAGUUUUUGCUCCCCGCCACCCUGUCUGUUUGAGAGAAAAGUCCGUGUUUCAUAAUUUCGGCUUUUCCCAACCCUCUUCACUUGCUCUGAGCACGAGUCCCCUGAGAGCAGCGGCAGUCAGUCAGGGGGGCUGUUUGUAAUGGCACGAAGCAGCCCCCUCCAGCGUGGGAUAACAGCUGGGCAGCCUCAGAAGUCCACUUCACAGAGACUUAGCCCGCUCUGGGUCUUCUAUCCAAGUCUCUGAGUGCCUCGGGCUCAAUCUCUUCCUCUCCCCCAUUGUGAUUUUUUUAAUUUGCAGUGAAAAGCUCAAGUGGAGUUUCCUGCCCUCUGAGUUUGAAGAGCAGCAGCAGUGGCUGGAAAUGGAUAUACAGUUCCUAAGGGCCAGGGAGGGGAAAGGGAAGGUGCAGCCCUUUGCUGUCUGUCUGUCUCUCAGCUGGGUUGACUCUCACUUCUCAUCCAAACCACCUGGGCGGGAGAAACUUCUUCAGCUGCAGGUUCAGGAAAUCGGCUGCCAAAGGCUCCAUCCUCUCAAUGGGUGUAGCCAGGAUCUAUGCUAUGGGGGGGGAGGUGCAGGUGCGGUGAUACUCACCUGUCACCAUAUUCUGUCCGGCUCUGUCUAGCAGAUUUGGAAUGAAAUGUCUCGACAACAGUUGUUUGAAAUGACUUUCUUUAGACCCCAAGUGCUCAGAAAAAUCUGUCAAAAUCUUCAGCCGUUUGAAAACUAGGAAGUUUUUUUUAUAAAAAAAACAACAACGCCAGGGAGACCUUUUGUGCGAUUAACGAGUAUGCUUUGCAAAAUUACAAAGAGCACACAUUUUUCCAUAUUAUUUUUUUAAAAAAAUCUAAACUCAAAACAAGUUUUCCUGGAUUUGCUGGAAACCUUUUCAGCACUUCCUUCUCCUCAAGUUCCUCCUUUUCUUUACCCCAAGGCAGCCCUGUUUAGGGAAGCUUUUAAUGUUUGAUGCACUACUGUAUUUCAAUAUUUUGUUGGAAGCCGCCCAGAGUGGCUGGGGAAACCCAGCCAGAGGGGCGGGGUAUAAAUAAUAUAUUAUUAUUAUUAUUAUUAUUAUUAUUAUUAUUAUUAUUAUUAUUCUGUUGAGACGCUGCCCUCUCAUUGUCGACUUUAGCCAAGUCUUCAUUCUCCGCAAGAUAUGAUCUACAGUAGACGUAGCGCAAGGCUGAGCAAGAGAGAUGACCAGUUAGACCCACUGCUGUAGUAUCCUAAAUUCUGAUGUUCUGCAAAGAAUGUCUCACACAUUUCCACGAAAGAUAAAAUGAUAUGCUACAUUGUGUAGGUACAACAAAUGCAAGCACUGACCUUUUCUAGGGAAAUGCUCACUUGGUAGGGAGAUUGUGGUAUCUCAGCAAACAUUUCAAUUUCAAAUAUUAUUUCUACUUUUAGUUAAGUAUCUUUAUUUAUUUCCUUGAUUUAGUGGGGGCAGCUGCCCCCCCUUGGCUGUGCCCAUGAUCCUCUCUGCAACUGACUAGGCAGAGGAAAAACUGAUCUGCUAUGUUUCAACCUGCAGUUUUGUUUAUAGCUCCUACACAGAGUCUAGGACUUGCCGAUCAGAAGGUUGACGGUUCGAAUCCCCGCGACGGGGUGAGCUCUCGUUGCUCGGUCCCUGCUCCUGCCCACCUAGCAGUUCAAAAGCACAUCAAAGUGCAAGUAGAUAAAUAGGUACCACUCCUGCGGGAAGGUAAACGGCAUUUCCGUGCACUGCUCUGGUUUGCCAGAGGCGGCUUAGUCAUGUUGGCCACAUGACCCGGAAGCUGUACGCCGGCUCCCUCGGCCAAUAAAGCGAGAUGAGUGCCACAACCCCAGAGUUGGACACGACUGGACCUAAUGGACAGGAGUCCCUUUAUCUUUACAUUAAAACCCCAACAAAUGUAACAGGGGUAAGAGAGGAAUUGGGGGUGAGGAUGGGGGCUCUGUGCUCAGAAAGUGGAUGUUCCCAUUGCACACAUAUGUGUGCAUUGAUUCUUUCACCUUGUUCACGGGCCCCUGCCUUGCCUUUGCAGGUGGGAAAAAAGCAGUCCUCUUUGCAGGGUCGUUGUGUAGGGAGGUGAAAUCUCCACCCCCUAAAAUGUAUACACCAUUUGAUUGCGGGGAAACCUCAAAGCGGUUUACGAAAGAUAGAAGAAUGACAUCAAGACGGAAUCACGACCCCGCUUUAAAACGCACAAAAGUGGAAAUGCUAAAACAGAUGAAAAUGGCCUCAGCCUUAUGAGCAUCUGCUUAGGUUUGUCUGAACAGGGAUGUUUUUAGCAGGAGCCAGCAAGAGUACAGUGAAGGCACCUUAAAGGUAAAGGUACCCCUGACCGUUAGGUCCAGUUGUGGACGACUUUGGGGUUGUGGCGCUCAUCUCUCUCUCUCUCUCUCUCUCUCUAUAUAUAUUAAAUUAUUAGAUUUUCCACAAUUAUAACAAAAACCACAAAGCAGAAUGACACACAAAAACAGAGAAAGAAAGAAAAAGAAAAAUACAUCAAUAAACGAAAGAAGAAAAAAGGAACAAUAAACAGAUAAACAAUAACAAACUUAAUUCUUUACAAAUCCAACCUUUUAAACAUCUUGGUUGACUUCCUCUAGUCCCUCCCUUCUGAGUUUCCUUGUAGUUAAAAGUAACAGCUUUCCAAUAUCAUUAUUAAACUAAAACAAUUUCCAAUUAUAGUCCAUCUUAUUCACUCAUCUCGCUCUAUAGGCCGAGGGAGCCAGUGUUUGUCCGCAGACAGCUUCUGGGUCAUGUGGCCAGCAUACUAAGCCGCUUCUGGCGAAACCAGAGCAGCGCACGGAAGCGGAAAGGCCCCUUACUGAUCUCAAUAGGCAGGGUGUUCCAAAGUGCAGGUGGUGCCACACUAGGUAUUAUGUGCCAAUUCACAACCACAGCCUGUUAUUUUGAGCCUUCAGAAUGCUAAUAAUAAUAGCUUCCCUCCCCUGCUGGGGCUUUAACUUGCCCUGGGAGAGAAGUCAUCAGUGCAGAGAGAAAGAAGGAAAUCAAGGAAGAGGGAUGAGGAUGAUGACCAAUGUUUUAUUGGCUGUUUGUGAAAGGAAUUUGGCCUGCAGAAGGGGCAGGGAAGGAGAUGCAGGCCAGGCCUGUAACAUCACGGAGACAUCCUCUGUCUCCUCCCUUCCGUAGGCAAAGGAUGGAGUGCAUCUUGGUUGAAGCCCUGGUGGCUGCUGGAGAGCCUCCUUGGGAAAUAUAGCCAAAUUGCCCUUUGCAAGCCCGUGCUUUGGGGCCGAAACAGUGACUCAUACAUUUAUAAAUAACAACUACAGCAAUGGCGGUCCCAGGGCAGGGAAGUCUCUGCAGUGCCCCUCAAACGUGACCUGUUGGUUUUUGGCACACCACAGAUUUUGCUUCAGAGCCUCCCCACUGUGGCUUCUGCACUGGCUUGUGUGGCUCUAGGCAAAUCAAUUCAAAAGGCUCCCGCCCCCUCUCUCACACAAGCAUCCUUCCUUGGGGUCAUAGGCUGGGCUGCGGCGAUGUCACGGAAUGUUCAUAAGUAGUCCAACUGCUGAGUUGAAGGGAGCUGUCUGUAGCAGGCGGGACUAACACCCUGUUCAGGGGCCUGGUCUGAUUCCUUGCCCCACAGCCAAGAAGUCCCUCCCACUCCGCACAGCCCCAUUGAUUUUGGGGGUGCAGCAAAACCAAAACAAAUUAAACACAGUUGUGGGAUGGACUGAGCCUAGCACUCUAUUGGUGGAUGCAAAUUGCCCAUACCUAGUCACCAGGUGGUCAAUUGAUAAGCAGAGCUGGGACAGCAAACUCCUUGCUCUGGAGGAAUCAGCCAAGGAGGGGGUGCUGUCUGCCUCUGGGUGGGUGCAUAUCAGAGUGGGCCAAAACAAAGAGCUCAGGCACCCCAUGAAGCCUAGCUGUAUGAUGCAGGGGCUGAUGGGAUUUGUAGUCCAAAAUAGCCAGGCAAGCCCAAAGCAUCUGGAGGAAAGUAGGUGGAGGAAUUUAGACUUUCCUUACAAGAUAUUUUCCUUCCUUUAGGGAUGUUUCAGAUGAGGAGGAGGAGGAAGAGGAGGGUUGGGUUGAGUGGACUUUGGAUGCCCUCAGUAAACUGAGGGGCUCUGAAGCCGUCACCUGUGUUUAAACUAAGAGGCAGGUCGAUCCUGAUAAAUAUUGGCAAAUAUUAGCUUGGAUUGUGUCCCUCCUCUCCGGGUGCUCUCUUUCUCUUCCUCUUACCAAGUUAUAUAACUAAUGCUAUUAAUUAAAUAAACAUUGUUCCUUAAUGGAUGGAUUAAGUGCUGGCAGCUCUUGGCUGGAUCUGAAUCGGAAGUUGCAGAGGACAAAGUCAAAUGAUUGGUUUUCAGCUCUACAUUCCCCACCACCACCACAAAAGGCAUAAAGUGCUAAUGGGAUGUGGUCCCUUUACCCCACUUGUGCUCACCUGAUGUCAAAGAGUUAAAAAAAACUAUGUGGCUUUUUGUCAACGUCUGAAGGCAGCCCGGUUUUGGGAAGCUUUUAAUGUUUGAUAUUAUUAUUAUUAUUUCUUAUACCCCAAUCAUCUGACCGGGUUGCCCCAGUAACUCUUGGCAGCUUCCAACAAAAAUACACACACAGAGAAAAAAGCACAUCAAACAUUAAAAGCUUCCCAAAACUGGGCUGCCUUCAGAUGUUUACAAAAAGUCACAUAGUUUUUUAACUCUUUGACAUUUGACAGGAGGAGGUUCCACAGGGUGGAUGCAACUACCCAGAAGGUUUCCUGCCUGGUUCCCUAUAACAUACCCUCCAAAUUUCUCUGAUGGAAAUAGGGCCGUCCCAUUCCAUAACGAGAAUUUUACUGUUUAUACCCCACACAUCUUACUGGGUUGCCACUCUGGGCUGCUUCCAACAUUUAUAAAAACAUAAUCAUUCAACAUUAAAAAAAACCCCACUUCUUUAUACAGGAUUGCCUUCAGAUGGCUCGGGGGUCGGAUAACUCCAUACCCUCCAACAUUUCUCCAAUGAAAAUAAGGAAAAGUGGGACAUUCCAGGAUCAAAUCAGAAACCGGGGCGGCUUCUCUAAAUCAGAGAUGUCCCUGGAAAAUAGAGAAACUUGGAGGAUCUGCUGUAACCUCACUUCUCACAGUGAGGGAACCACCAGAAAGCCCUCAGAGAUAGACCUCCGUGUCUGGGCUGAAUAAUGGGGGUGGAGAUGCUCCUUCAGGUAAACAGGACUGAGGCUGUUUAGGGCUUUAAAGGUCAACACCGAGCAUUUGAGUUGUCCUUGGAAAUGUACUGAGAACCAAUGUCGAUCUUUUCGGACCAGUGUUACAUGGGUCAUAGCCUAUUUUGCAACUCGCAACAUCACCAGAUCCUACCGUUGACUUUCCUUGGCUCUUCUCCUUCCAGGUACAACGCUUUGGUGACGGGCUCACGGGCGAAAAGCAUCAUUGGCAUCUGCUGGGUCUUGUCCUUCAUCAUUGGCCUGACUCCCAUGCUGGGAUGGCACAAGCCUGCCUUGGGCAACCAGGGUUCCUCUUCCUCUUCCUCCUCCUCCUCCUCCUCCUCCUCCUCUGCUGGGGUGUGCACCAACGAGUCCUCUUCCUCCUUCUCGUCCUCCCCCUCCACUACGACCCCUUCCGGCAACUGCAGCAGCGACAUGUUGGCCUGCCUCUUUGAGUCUGUGGUCACCAUGGAAUACAUGGUCUACUACAACUUUUUCGCCUGCGUCCUCACCCCGCUGCUCCUGAUGUUCGGCAUCUACCUGAAGAUCUUCAUGGCCGCCCGGCGGCAGCUCAAGCAGAUGGAGAACAAGGCGACGCCCGGGGAACGUUCCCGCUCCAUCUUGCAGAAGGAAGUCCACGCGGCCAAGUCGCUGGCCAUCAUCGUCGGGCUGUUUGCCUUCUGCUGGCUGCCCAUGCACACCGUCAACUGCUACAUCCUCUUCCGACGGGGCUGCGGACGCCCUCCGCUCUGGCUGAUGUACCUCGCCAUCAUCCUCUCCCACGCCAACUCCGUGGUGAACCCUCUGAUCUAUGCCUACAGGAUCCGGGAGUUCAGGCUGACUUUCCGCAAGAUCAUCGGGCAGCACAUCCUGGGCAGAAAGCAACGCUUCAAGGGGACCACGGCCAGCCGGAGGUCCUCUGCUCACGCGGAGGAAGACGGCGAGAGUGCCGGCAUGCAGAUCACCAAGUACGCUCUGAACUUCUAUGCCGGAGGGGACUUGGAUGGCAUCCACAGGGACGGGGAUUGGGGGAAGACCAAAGUGGGCUUGGAACUGCACCAGAGCAAGAAGGCUUUGGUUGGGGAGGCAAAUGGCCACACGGCCCAUCCCUGCAAAAAUGGGGAUCUCUCCAAAGCCUGCAGAGACAUGGACCUGCUGAGCCAAGAGCUGCUGGCGAUUCGGGACUCCUACGCCGCUGACCUGGAGACUUCGGCCGUAGAAGCCUCUGAUGGGUCCUGAGGCCCCAUCAGGAUGCAACGCGGCUGGAAUGAAAUCCUCCCUCCCCCCAGUGGUCUGCUUUCCUCGCAGCAAGAAGGGAGGGAAAGAAGGAGAGAAGGGGAGGGCAAAGGUUUGGGUCCUUGCGAUGGAAGGGGAGGGGUCCCUGACACAACUGACAGAAAGACCUGAAGCGGCCUGGGGAGAAGGCAGGAAAUGGCCAGGGGGCUUUUUCCCAGCCAAAGGUCAAAGGUGAAGAUGGGCGGGACACAGAGACACACUUCUUGUUGCCUUUAGAAGACUCUGCUGGGGGAGGGCCCGCGGCAACAUCCGAUGUUGCUUGGGACAUCUGUGGCUGCCUGUGGCCACAGCCCAGUUGUACCAGGAGAAAAUAAAAGGGUCAAUGGAAAGGUGCUUCAUAGUGCCAAGGAGCUGUGAUUCCUGCAUUGCAGGGGGUUGGACUAGAUGACCCCGGGGUGCCUUCCAACACUACAAUUCUAUGAUUCUGUGAGGAGCAGAAUGGGAAGUUUUUUGCUGGACACCCAGCUAGGGUGAUACCAGGCUGGAGCUGGCGAGAGAGAGAGAGAGAGUGUGCAAGAGCGCAUGGUUUGGAGGCAUUAGAGACACGUCCAUUUGUGUAAAAUCUUGAAUAGGAAGCUUUAUGAUGCGAUUUUGAUUUUCCUCUGGCUGCCAUAAGUCUCCUUGGGGACAGGGCAGGGCAGUUGCCUACUUAGCCUCUUCCACCAAGCCGUCUCCUAGGUAGGGUCUGGCAUGAUGGAAAUCAGUAGGUGACUGUGCUCCAGUUUGCUCCCAGGGCACGGGUGCCUUUGAGAUGAUUAGGGGGGUGAACUUGCUCAGCAAAGAGGUAGCUUCCCAAGGGACCACCUGCCUACAGCUGGCAAGGAGUGCCUGCACGGGUCACCCACAAAGCUGGCCCAGCACAGAUCUACACACUGAGAGAGUCCCUGGGACUCAGCCCUAGAACCAUCUGGAUUUGAACUCAGUGCCUAUAUGAGAAACAACCUAGAGGGCUACUGCUUUUAAGGCCCAAUGCCAAUUUCUCCCCAGAGUUGUGUCUGCUAGCCUGAAACAUCUUGGCAACCUUUCCAAACAGCUCCCAGAUGCAAAACUCGUCUCUCUCCGUGCCCCCUCCCCCCCACUUGUGGUCUGGCACCUAGCUGAAAUCUGCCAGGCAAACCUGUUUUACAAGCGACUGCGACAGCACCACAGACUGUUGAGCAUCAGACGAGCAGUUGUUGUUAUGGCGGCCAAGCUCUGACAUGACAAAAUGGCAGCUUUGCAUCGAGGAGGGCCGGCUGGGCUUGUCUUGGGGUUUUGUACACAGCGUCAGAACGGGCCUCUCAUUUCAACCAAAAUGGUCACCCAUUGAAGAAAUGUGAAGGAGGACCUUCGGCAGGUAGGAGGAGGAGAAGGCAGAGAUGGGAGAGGGCACUUGAGGGGGCAGGGUAGAGGCUUCUCCCUGUGACCACACAAGGAGGGCUAUUCAGUCUGGUGCAUCACCCAUCCUUCUGAAACCGUCCAUCUUCUAGUGUACACUGAAUGUUUGCCCUUUGUUAUUGUCAUAGAUCAUGCUCUGUGCCCCCCCCCCAUUUUAAUAAGCUUUUGUUUCUGUUUUCAAGCGGCGUAAAACUGAUUUUUUAAAAAAUAAAACUAAAACAAAUGGUGACGUCUAAGUUUUGCAAUUUCCAUUAAAACCAUC